CUCGAUCGUUAGGUAUACAGAUAGAUGGAUCGAAUUUAUUCCAUGAAGAGUACAUAGAUGAUAGAUCAAUUAAGAUCGAUGGAUAUCAUGCUACUGCUAAUGCCUCUGUUCUUGUUACUUAUACUUCUCUUUCAAAACAUUACUGAAGCAGCAGCAGCGGAUCAUCUAGACUGCCCGGUUUCGAAGUGUAGAGAUGAUGGUCCCCUGAUCCAAUUUCCAUUCCGCCUUAAGCACGAUCCCCGUCACUGCGGCCAUCCGCACUUUGAGGUAUCUUGCAGCAGCAGCUUCAACAAUAUGACCAUGAUAAAGCUCUCCUCGUCAUCAGGACUGUUUCCCAUCAAAACAAUUGAUUACGUAAGGCAACAAUUUUUCAUUUACGACUUUGACGGCUGCCUUCCCAGACGCCUAAUGAAUUUUACUAUCCCCAGCUCCUCGCUUUUCCAACCUGAUAGUUAUACCGAUUGUGCCUUUGUACAACGGUUUCCAUCUCCGACGUUCUUCACCCAACUAAGAAAGUUGACAUUAUUAAACUGUUCUACAGAACAAAAUUUUAGCACAUGGAGUAUUGAUAGAAACUUCUUGCCGAUCAGAUGUCUAAGUGUCCCUGGGCAUCAAGUUCUGGCCGUAGCGCCCUCAAGUUCGAUGUCCCAAUUGCCAGUGCCAGCUUGCCGCAUGCUGGUAAGAGAAAUCAAUUUUCCACUACGAAAUGUGAAUGGCAGUAUGUACCACUGUGAACUCAACAACGUUUUAUUGCUUCUAUGGGACGCUUGGGAGUUCCCAUACAAUUGGGAGUUCCCAGCAUGCCGGAAGUGUCCAGGUCGAGGAAGGUGCAAAGUCAAUAACAGCACCAAUCAAAUGGAGUGCCAUCCUAUCAUUCCCACACACAAGAAUAAAGGUCAUGGAUCGACCACGUUUAUUGUCGUGGGAGUGAGCAUAGCUUGCACUGUUCUCUUACUGAUGAAAGGGGUAGCCAUCUUCUACUGUGUAAAACAAUCAAAUAGGAUAGAGGAAAAGGAGAAUCAAAUUAAGAUAGAAAGGUUCCUAACUGAUCAUAAACUGCAUGUACCAACAAGGUACUCCUAUGCCGACAUAAAGAAGAUGACAAGAAGUUUCAAGAAAAAGUUAGGUGAAGGAGCUUUUGGGAGGGUUUUCAGUGGAAAGCUUCCGAAUGGAGCUCCCGUGGCCAUAAAAGUUCUCAAGGAUUCUAAAGGAGAUGGAGAAGAUUUUGUUAAUGAAGUGGGUACCAUUGGCAGAAUUCACCACAUUAACGUAGUUCGCCUACUCGGGUUUUCUGCAGAAGGAGGCAAGCGUGCUAUUAUUUAUGAGCUCAUGCCAAAUAGCUCUCUGGAGAGGUUCAUCACAAAUGAAAAUAAUGAUAAUUCAUUUGAUUGGAAGACACUUCACCAUAUUAUGACUGGCAUAGCGAAGGGAAUUGACUAUCUACACCAAGGGUGUGACCAGAUGAUCCUCCACCUUGAUAUCAAGCCUCACAAUAUCUUGUUGGACAAUGAUUUCAAUCCAAUUUCUGAUUUUGGUCUGGCAAAACUCUGUUCCAAGGAACAAAGCGUCAUAUCCAUGACUGCUACUAGAGGUACUGAGGGCUACAUUGCACCCGAGCUGCAAUCAAGGAACUUUAAAAAUGUGUCCCACAAAUCAGAUGUAUAUAGUUUUGGGAUUCUAUUGCUUGAAAUGGUUGGAGCUAGGAAGAAACCUGCUGAUACCGCUGGUGAUGUCGAGGUGUUUUUUCCUGAGUGGAUUUAUUAUCGUUUAGUUCAAGGUGAAAUUUUGGAAUUGGAGGUAUCUACCGAGGAAGAUGCACAAAUUGCUAAGAAUUUACUAACUGUUGCACUUUGGUGCAUCCAGUGGUACCCGGUGAAUCGCCCUUCCAUGAAAGCAGUUGUUAGAAUGCUAGAAGGAGUCUCCGAAAGUUUGACAAUGCCACCAAAUCCAUUCCCUUCGACAACUCAAACAGAACCCCUACAACAACAUCAAGUUAACUAAAUACAAUUCAGUAUAAAUAUUUUCAGUAAUGUUUGUAUUCAUGUCUUCAAUAUAAAAGUGUAAUGUUGUUAAUAUAAUCAGUGACGUACAACCAUAUUUUGUAACAUAAUUUUUUGAAAUUUGAUUGUUAUUAUAGAAGUAAAUAUGUAGACUUCCUAUAAAUCGAUCGCAAACA